AUGGAGCAGGGAGACAUGACAGUACAAUGUUCCAACAGCAAUGGAUCAGCGAGAAACAUAACAAUCCGAGACGGAGUCGAAGAACAAAACAAUGCGACUAUACGGCCGUCAAUUGACUCCAAAAAUCCUUUUGAUGGACGUACAACACGCUUCACAGACGACCUGUGGACUUUCGUGUCAGUGAUAACAUACGUUGCAGACGUCGGAAGCGAUUUACUUGUGUGUGUCAAGUAUUACAAGGAAAAAAAUUUCUGGUGGUUUAGUCUUACGCUAGGAUUCGUACUUGUCGCGUCAUUUGCAAUGCAAUUGUUCUCUGCUAAGUGGCUUUUGGAAGAUGGCAAACGAAAGCAAUGUUUCACUUAUUUAUUACAUGUGUUUCAUCUGGGACCAGUCGUGAGGUAGGUAAGCUGGGUAAUUAAACAAAAAAAAACUGCCGUGUCUCGUGUAAUCGUACGAAGUUCCAAGGAAACAGACCACUUAAAAUUGGCUUUGCGAUGCGUUUCCUUUCGUCGGAAACCUUUUGACUUCUUGUCCGGUUAACACGACUCGAGAAUUUCCGGCGAAAUUUGAAUAGUGUUCGCGCCUGCUUUUUAAUGACAAAAUAUACUAGAGCAAUUAUCACAUUCCUUAUUUCUCGGAUGAUAACUUUGCAGCGAACGUAAUGACUGGAUUUCAAGUCGCUUGGCUGAUUUGUCAGAUACAGAAAGCUACAUUAAAAUUGAAACAUAGUUUUCUUUAAAAAGAUAAUAUCGGUGAUAUUUACAGGCGUUUUUUUGUCUCAAAGUAAGCUGCACUUUGAAAACUACCGAGCUAUCUACGCGCAGCAACAGAGGUUUUAAUUAAGCUUGAAUAACCAAUAUUUUAAAAUCAUUUCUUUAUUUCACGCGUUUGUUUGUAAAACCUGAACAUUUUUAUAUUUUGUAUUCGCUUCGGGUAAACUUUAUCAUGGAUCGUGAAUCAGCCUUCCUUGAAUUGUUGUCUGACCGAUUUUUGUCUCGUUCGUUAUAGAUGUUAAUAUGGAAUAAUUGCUGGUACUGGGUAGGUUCUAAUUUCGCUGUGUUUCGUUAUCCACUAGCCAGAUGAUAGUCAGGUCACAGGGCCGUAAUAAGCGAUUCUAUCAAAAACUUUCUCCACAAGGUGGUGACGUAUUCUUUUUAAUAAUUCUGUUUAUUCCUCACAACCUCACAUGUCAGCGUAAUUUACGUGCGAAGUAUUUUCAAAACCUAAAUGGCUCCACGAGGAUUAUUAUAACAAUAAGUGUCUUGCCGACUAGCAAUAAUGAAGCCAGUAUGAGUUGACUGAACUAUUUUACUGUGCUCAGAAAUUCGGCACUCUUCUAACCGAUAUUAGUAAUAAAAUAACCCUGAUAUAGAACAUAGGUCUAAAGAGUCGUUUCUGAGCGCGCGAAUCGAACUACGAGAUGUGUUGGACGUUUUUCAGCAGUGCGUGUUCGCAUUCAGAUUUGAUCUUUUUCCUUGUCAUCCGAAUGUCCUAUUAAGCUUUCCACAGGAGGUCAGCAUGAAUAUUCAAGAACACUGUUUUUCUAUUUAUCGAACAUAUUAUCCUCACGACUUUAUCAUCACUCUUUGCUGAUUUUCUUUUAGUUCAGACUCGUUUUAGAGAGAACGGUUAGCCUUGUAGAGGCGCUAUAUAGUUAGAUUUUUUCCAAAAAUUCUGGCGCUUAAAUUUAUCUAAUUAUUCCAAAAAAACGGCGAAGCUUAUGAAACUGGCCUUGAUUUGCAUAAAAAUAUCGCUUGUUGAAUUUUCUGACAGAUUAUGUUGGCCUGGUUUUGUCUAAGAGGCGCGUUAAUUAUAUUAACUUACGAUUACUAUUUUUCUGUCCAUUUUAAAUCAUUGUUAGCUGUGCGCCAUGAACACACGGUCGCAUUUUUCUAAACUCCAUCAUCAAAAAAGUUACUGAUUUUUCUGAUCGACUUUUGUUCGUGCUGGUCUGUUUUGCAUGUUUUAUUGAUUAGAUUUUGUCGCGCUCUCCUAAUUUUGUGAUCCAAAAUAAAUCAAUCGUCAAAACGUUCAAUCUUGUUUUUCAAGUGUUUACCCAAAUUUACUCGUGGCUUGUUUUACCACGCUAUUAUUAUCUUCAUAGCUGGAGGCGUUUUCAAUCCUCUAAUGAGUUUCACUGCUGUCUUGCUGCGAGCUUUCAGAAAUGAUUACAGGUUAUAAUUAUUCGGUUGAGGGGCCCAUCGCUUUGUUGCGCGAAGUCUUUUCUUUAGGUAAUUGUUCUCUACUUUCGAUAACAAUCUUUGCACUGCAGACCAACGGUUUUAUCUAAACCUAUUAAUUAGACUUCAAGGACCUUGAGAUUGCAAUCAUUAAGAAAACAUUGUUGCUCCUAAUUGAACGAUGUAGUUUGUUGCGUUCAAAUAAACAUUUUAAUGACAUUUUAAGUUUGUUCAAACGGCAGCCAUUCGCAAUGAUGGACAACUUAACUGAACCACAUUAGAAUAGAAUAAAGGCAGCUAAAGUAUCAUUCAAGCUGCGUUGCGAGGGUCUUCAGUCUCUCACGAGAGCCUCUCUUCUUGAGCCCGACUCAGAGAGGAAUUUGCGUCCUGCUCGUAUAGGAUAUUUCAGCCGGUAAACUGUUCACAUGGCUAACUGUCGCUGGAGGCAGUUUUCUUAAUUAACAAAGAGUGCAUAAAAGUUGUAAUAUUUCUGUGUAUUGUUCCGGCGAGUGAAGGUAGGCGUGAGGCGCGGCGAGUGUAAUAACUCGCCCAAAACAAAAAACGCAAAAAGAAAGAAACAGACUUUUCAGUGGUUCGAGAUAGCAAGGCGUGACGUUUGGAGCUCUCUUAUCAGAAAUUACAUGGCUCUAAUUGAAAAAGUGAGGAUACCUCUAAUACGUGUAAAAUAGACUCAAGAAUCCCGUGAUGUAGUGUACCUCUAUCAGCUUUAACAUGUAAUUGAGUGACAACAACCCAUGUAGGAAAACCUCCCUAUUGCCUAUAUAGAAUUAAUUCGCUUAAGUCGGCGAGCGAGUUGAAAAGAAGUCGGUCAACUGCCGCUUUCCUCCGAGCCAGGGUUAACAUAUUAAACAUUAACUAUUUUAAAAUUGCGACAGUUGCAAAACGGUUUUUUGAAAAGAUUGGCUUUAUCUAGAAGUAUUAGCUUUGUAUACCAACUCUUCUGAAUAUAUUGUGAACUCCUUCAGUUCUCCUGCAAAGUUGAAGCGAAUUAGUCGAGCAAUACUCUGAUCCUCAAAUACUGUGUAUCUUCCAAUAUUUCCUUUAAAACCAGAAAUUUUCGCUUUCCUCUAGGUAUUGGAAGGUUCUCAAGAGUGGCUGGAAAGCGCGUCAAAAGAAUGCUACUAUUCUCGAAUUCGCAGCGUUUCUUGGAGAAUGGCGUGACAUAAGCAUGCUGAGACUUCUUCAAGCUUUUCUAGAAUCUGCCCCUCAACUUGUUCUUCAACUCUACAUUUUACUGAAACGACCACGCCUUCAAGAAAACUUUGAACUUUUUAUCGCUGCUACUGCAGCUUGUUCAUUGAUAUCGUUAGUGUGGGCCAUUCUCGCUUACAGUAAAUCGUUAAGAGACUUUAGAACACAAGGUUAUAUCCUGUCAGCAGCAGGUUUGUUAUUCCAAGUACUGUGGCGGUUCUCUACGGUGACAUCUCGUGUGGUUGCCAUGGUUCUUUUUGCAUCGUACUUCAAACAAUGGCUGUUUGUUGCGGUGGGCGCACAUUGGCUAAUGAUGACAAUGUGGUUGAUCUGUCAGCGGACUCGCUUUUGUACAGACGAAGACGGAACAGAGCACCCUUUCAGGGAGAAACUGUUUAGUGCGGCUAUUGGCUUUUUGUACAUCUUUUGCUUCUUCAACACGAGAGAAGGCAUGACAAGGAAGCGUAUUGUUUUGUUUUACUCCAUUAUGUUGGUAGAGAACUCUCUGUUCGUGUCUAUGUGGUUUCCCCACAGAACCUUUCGCGGAACAAUGGCUGUAACAGCGUUAGGGGUAGUGUGGGGCGGAUUUGUAUUUGGUUUGAUUAGCAUGAUUUUAUAUUAUCGAUUCUACCAUCCAAGUUUACCAAUUCAAGGAAUAUUUAUACAAAAGAGAACUUUCGAUGUUGAAGGACAAGUGACUCAUUCGUGGUUUUGUUGUUUUUGUUGUCGAAUAAGAAAAUCCACGAAGACGAGUACUGGAGAAGAUCGUGAUGCGGCAGAGGGUUUAAUACGAAACGUAAAUCGCAGUGUAAACCAUCAUGCUGCUUGUCAAGAACUAUCGCCUCCUCAGUCUCAAGAUGGCUCGCUUAUCACAGGAAACCCACGUCGGUUCAUGUCGGGUUUAGACUCUAAUCAGGUCCUUGUUCACAGUACACCCAUACGACCAUUAGGCUCGUGCAGUUCGUACGCCAAUCAUCCACUGGUUACAAGCCGCGUGCCGAGAAUCCUGGUUACGGGAGCGACCCCUGAAGUGAUGAGUCCGAGAGAUUCUGUUUCAAACUCUUCUCUUGUCACUCUGAAGGAAAUUGAAAUGGAAACGCUCGAUAAUCUCGUGCAGCGUCCAGAUCUUCCCGUGAGCAACAGUGACCUUUCCUCUACUAUUGCUGGAGAGACAGAAAAAGUAAAUCCUAGUGCAGGUAAGAAAAACUUCUCUGCUAGACGAGAGCUUGGUUUCCACGACGACGUAACCUGCACCUCACCAAAAAGUCCGACCGCCGGAGAGAUUAUCAGCUGGUAUCAUCCUGUCCCAACCUGCGAGGCUUCCUCCGAUGCCGAAGAAGACAGGGCAGAAAAGAUUAACUAUGGCUCGUUGAGUUUUGGUAAUCGAUACAGUCUCGUGUCGUCCGACUGUAUUUCGUUGUCAUCCGAAAGUUCACAAAGUUCGGUAGAUAGCAUAAUGUUUGCGGAUGAGGGACCGGGCAGUUCUGGAGUGCAUAUGAAGAAGAUGCUCCCGCCUGAACUCACACCGAGACCAGCAGACGAAGGAAUUUUUUCCGAUGAGCGGGACUCGCCUUCAAAAUCGACCACUAUUGAAGACGCUGACAUCAUUUCUGAAGCUUCUACACCACAGAAUCCCAAAGUUAAUGAUCAAUUUCCUGUUUUGGUCGAAGACAGCCAAGCAGAUACAUUCAAAAGAGUCCAGUCCCGAGAAAGAACGAAUGAAUGGAUUUUAUCUUCUUCUAAACCGAUUGAUGACUCUUACAACUUGGUUGAGUUGUUGAUGGACGCUCCAUCAUCACCAUCGAAUAACCUGAAAAGCAGAACCAGAGAAACAGGGAAUAUUUUGUCAUCUAAGGAAAGAGAAUGCACUGAAAAUAAACCUGACUGUACUGGGGAAGGAUCUGGGUCUGAGAGACUGGAUGGACACGAAAGUGAGUCAACUGACGCAAGUAGCGACAGUUUUAACUUUAGAAAUCGUCAUCGUUCGUGCGAUGAGAUUGAGACUGGAACGAAUUAUGCCCUCUUCUCCCCGGAUGACAUCAGUAAGCGGCAUACCUUUGACUUUUCGCAGUUAUCGAAAGGCCCGAGGUCUCCACGGCGAAGACGAGACAGGAAAUAUCGUCGCUCAAAGAGGAAGGAGUUUGAUAACUUUGUUGUGACUUCUCUGAAGCCAGGAAAAUACGGUUCACUUCGGCGAUCAAUGGAGCGUCUGGCUAGAAUACAAGAGGACAUAGAAGAAACUUUUCUAUUGAAUGCCGAAGCCGCUUUGAAUUCCUGUAUUCCUGAAGUCGAGGCACUCUCUUCGCCCAUGGAAGACGCAGUGAAUUUAUGCACGAAAACUACAAAUGAAACUAAUAUAGCAGAAAAAGCCGUGUGCAGUGCGCAUGAUUCAAACCAACGUAGGAGUGAUCUGCAAGAAAACGCAGCCUCAUUGUCUGUCAGAGAAAGCUUUAAGAGGCGAAAGCGCUUGAAAAGAUUCCUCUCUAAAGAAUUAGUUCCUGGGAAAUUCUCUUCAGUGAGACAUUCCAGCGAAAGUUUGCAAUCAGUAGAACGAUUUGAUAGAUUCCAAAAAAAUGGCGAUGCUGACAAAGGGCUGUCAUCCACUGUGUCCGCUGAUUAUUUGGCCUGCACUCGUCAUGUUAGUGGUAAAAGUCAAAGAGUAAACGGUGGAGGUUGGAGAAAAGAAUUUCAGAGCCAAACGGUCAGUCUGCCUGAUGUACUUUCCACUGGAAGGAAAAUUGAACCCGAAGUUAUUAAGAAACGAAAUCCCGAGAAUAGUCGGGUAAAGAAUACUCUGGAUGGUAUUGUUAUUAAGAACUUAGAGAUCAGUAAGCAUCACACGGGCUCGGUUCACAACAAAAGACAUACUUAUGAUUUCACUGACAACUGUGCUGCUCAGACGGAGGUACAGGAAAGGUUGUUUAGCGUAGAGAAUGACAGAAGGGCACCGGAAGUACGUCACAAGUGCCAGCGUAGGUGUCAGUCAGAGGUUUUGAUUGGCGCGAGAAACUCUUCUGUUUAUGUAUAA